AUGCAGAAAAAAACAGUCCUCAUUACAGGCUGCAGCCAAGGCAGCAUCGGCGCCUCGCUUGUCAAAGCCUUCCAAGCAAAAGGCUACCACGUCUUCGCGACCCUACGCAACAAAUCUAAAGCCGAUCCUUUUUUUCUUCGAUCUGACGAUAUCUCAGUCGUUGAUUUGGAAGUUACAUCCGCCGAGUCAAUUAAAUCAUGCGCGGACUAUGUCGCUGAUCGUACGGGUGGCACGCUGGAUGUGCUGGUUAACAAUGCCGGAACGGGCCUCUGUCGUCCGCUAUUAGAUACGGAUAUCGAUGAAGCGAAGAAAGUAUAUGAUUUGAACGUCUGGGGUGUUAUUGCCAUGACGCAGGCAUUUUCAUCGAUGCUGGUCAAGGCCAAGGGAGUGGUGUUGAAUAUUAGUUCUGUGGCUGCUUGUUUUACGUUUGCGUGGUCUGGCAAAGGAAUAUACAACUCCUCAAAAGCCGCCACAGCACUCAUCUCCGAAACACUACGCCUCGAACUCGCCCCACUAGGUGUCAGAGUCAUAACCGCCAUGGUAGGCGGCGUAAACACAACAUUCUUCGCCGACAGAGCCGAUCUCACUCUUCCGCAGGGAUCAUACUACCAACCUAUACUUGACAAGAUCAACCACGAAAACAAAGGGUUGCAGUAUACGCCCAGCAUGAAGCAGGAUGUAGAUUUGUUUGCGAGGAAUAUUGUGAGCGACGUUGUUGGCGGGAAGAGUGGGCUGGUUUGGAGGGGGAAGUCUUCAUCGAUGGCUUGGUUGGCCUCGGCGCUCGUGCCGGGCAGUAUGUUGACGAGUAUGAUGAAUGGGGAUAAGGGGCUUGAAGAGCUUGCGCGUGCGCAUCGUCAGUAG